AUGCUUCCCCUCACAGAACAACACACCAGAACCCCACAAAAGAGGUUCAAUUUGGCUGAGAAUUAUGCUCUUCUAAACACAAAUAAUCACUCUUCAGAUGAAUAUAUUCCGAUAGAUGAAAUGAAACCUCAUCAAGAUAUUAUGCAAAUGUUUCGAGAUGCCAAACAAAAUAAUACUUAUUUGAAAGUACAAGCUCCGAUGGUUCGCUAUUCAAAAUUAGCGUUUCGAUUAUUGUGUUUGGAGUAUAAUUGUGAUGUCGUGUAUACACCAAUGAUGAUGGCCGAUAGUUUCAGUAAAUCACAAAAGGCUAGAGACUCAGAUUUUGCAACACACGUUCACGAUAAACCUCUCGUGGUACAAUUUGCAGCCAAUAAUCCAACAGAUUUUAGUUUGGCUUGUCAAUAUAUUGCACCUUUUUGUGAUGGAAUUGAUAUCAACUGUGGCUGUCCUCAACCCUAUGUCAUGAAAGAAAAUUUAGGUGCAGCCUUAGUGACACAACCACAAAAGAUUUUUGACAUGGUCCAUGAAGCGAACAACAAGUUUAUAUCUGGAACUUUUCGACCAAUUGGUGUGAAAAUUCGAAUUCAUCCAGACGAUGAUUCCUUAGAGUUUAGAAAAACUAUUGAUUUAGCAAGACAAAUUGAAAAAGCUGGUGCUAGUUGGGUCACUGUUCACGGUCGAACUCACAAACAACGAACAAAAAACACAAAGGUCAAUCCAGAUGGUCCAAAAAUUGUGAAACAAGCCUACAGAUCCCUGUCAUGCAUAAUGGAGACGUUUUUUCAUUGA